AUGUCGGCCACCACUGCCACCGCCACCCCAACCCAGUCCUCCAGCUACCAUCACCACACCGAUCGGCCUGAACAACAAGGUCUGUUUCCUCCCAAACUGGCACUGCUACCAGACAGAAUCGCUGACAUCCAUUCUACAGCCGCUUCUGCAGCUCUACAAUCAUUCAGAGACACUUCCUCAAAGCAUAGUACCUCUUCGGUUCUUGACGAAGACGGUCGGCUAUCUUCUGCCAGUGCCGCCCUCUCUCUGAAAUACGCUCGCGCCCAAGACCUACCUUCCUAUCCUUCCACCGGUGGAGUCCAGUUGGCUUCAGCCGGCGCUGCUGCAAGCCUGGCAGACUCGAACAAACGAUCCUUCGAGCAUUGGAAGCCUGGUUCCAUUCCCGCUGCAAAUAGGGCUGCCAAUGUUGCAAAGGACUACGAGAUGAAUCCUAUUUGGAAACCCGAAUCAAGCCGCGCCGGUUCUCAGGCUGCUGCUGCCGCCCACAAGGAUGCUGCACCCGUGGAUAUUUGGAAGGCUUCUGAAUCAGAGCAUGGCCAUUCCGCUGCUUCGUCCGCUCUACAAAAUCAGAAGUCGCCUCCUGCCAUCACCGAGAGAACAGUCUCUUCCGAUGGCCGCGAAAAAGCUUUGCUCGCAGCCAGAAAGUCCUUGUCCGGCGGUCGAAGGCGCGCUGAGUCGGCUCCUAUACGGCCACAACCUCAAUCCCCCAAUCCCCACGCAGGAUGGGCACAGAAGGCUGCCCUGUCUUCACAAAAGGGUGUUGGUCCUGGUUCACCUUCGACACCGGGCACUGCUGGCUUUGAUGCCGCACGCAUCCAAAAUAUGGCCAAGAACAAUGUUUCUCGACAAAUGUAUACCUCCAACCCACCCGUCGCAAUCGAAGUCGAGGAAAGGAAGAAACAGGACACGUUGCGCGCAUCUGCAAUCGCGAUGGCCCGAAAAAUGUACGCCAUUCAGCAAGAACAGAUAGAUUCUGCCAAGGGCAUUCACCGAUCAGACAGCCAUUUCGCUGCACAUACUGCUCGACAGCGAGCCCUCUCCGAUGCUGCUGCUCAGCCCUCCAAAUCGCAAGACCUUCCCAGAUACGAAAACCUCGAAGAAGCUGCUCGGAAGUUGGCUCAUCAACGACUUUCAAGAAUGCAUGACGAAAAUGCUGAAUACAGACAGUACUACGGCGCCCAGCCGCCACCAAAACAAUCAAGGCUGUCCCUCAGACGGCCCGCCCGCCGUGGCCCCAGCCCUCGUCGGAAUAGCAGCAGUGACUCUGAUGAAGAGCAAUCCCGCCAAAUUCGAGCACAGAUGUCCAUAUUCCAGAGUAAAUUAGCCGAAGUGGAUGACAAGAAGAGGCAAACAGAUCGAGAUGCCCUGCUCGCAGCUGCGCACAAGAAUGUAACAGCUCGACUCAACGCAAUGGAUGAGAAAGUCUUCUCAGAGACAGGCAAGACCAGUCCCCAUCAACGAGAGCUGUGGGAGCGUCAAGCCCGAGAGCGAGCUCAAAGGGAGAGCGAUGACAGACUCAUGAAUGUGGGUAAGGUGAACAUCGGAGGUGGAAAGUAUCUUGAUCAAUCAGAAAUCGAUGCGAUUGCCAGGGCACGCAUCCAACCAACGCUAGAUGAAAUCAACGAAAAGGCAGAGCAGCAACGAGCCCGAGACGAAGAAAUCAGACUGGACCAAGAGCGAAUCAAGGCAGAGGCUGCGGCGGAGAAGAAACGACAAGCUGAAAUCAAAGCAGAGCAGAAAGCUAUCGCAGAUCGUGAAAAAGCAGAAGCGAAAGCGAAGCUUGCGGAAGAGAAACGUCACAGGCAAGAGCAAGAACACGAAGAGCGGCGGGUCCGAAACGAACAAAAGGCCACGGAGAAGAAGGCUCGUGAUGAGGCUGCUGCUGCCGAAAAGGAGCGCAAGCGAGCCGAAAAGGAGGAGAAUAUACAGACAACACCAAGCAAGCCCAGCCGACUUUCAACAUUCUUGUCACGAGGAGCAACUGCCGGUGUAGCUGGAGGCACUGCCGGUGCAGCCGUUGCGGAGACCACAGGUGAAGGAGGAGGAGCGGCCACAAAGACAGUGGCCGCAGCCGCCCCUGGAACAGGUGCACAGGCUAGCCAAGACCCGGAAGGCGUUGAUGCCCGAGGGGGAACUUUCCACGACCAAGCGACAAUGGAUCCCGCCGAGGCUGCAUACGCCAUUGCAGCUGACAGCGAUGAUGACAGCGACAAUGACGAUGAAAAGUCCCCUCAGAGACCAAAUGAUGCAAGGCGUCUAUCAGACGAUGACAUUGGCCCUAAGGAGGCGGUUGCUACUGCCCCUGUAACAGGUAUCGGUCAAGCCCAAGAGCCCACAUCGCCUACCUCACCAACCUCCCCUUCCAAGAAAGACUCCAGAGUGAAAUCAUGGUUCAAGAAAUUGAGGACGGGUAGCAAAGCUGAAAACGACAUGGGGGAAAAACCUACAUUAUCAACAGAGACUGAACCCGAAAAAGCUGUCGAGACGUUGAAGGAAGAAGAAAACGAAGAGGAAAAGAAAGAGGAAAAAGAAAACGUCGAUCGGGCCUCAUCUGAUUCGGCCCGUGAUGUUGCCCUUGCCGGCAAAAGUGACAAUGAGACAGAUGACUUGUACGGUGCGGGGGAUAAAUCCAAGGACGGAGUGUCGCCCGCCCCGUAUGCAGUCGGGCAGGAACCACAAACAAGCGAACAGCGCAGUCGAUCCAUUAGUCCUGUUUCAUCCAGUCUGAGCGAAGACCCGUACGUAAUUGCAGCCGAUGUUGCUUCGUCGAGGUAUUCGGCCGAACACACCAAUUCGAAAAGGAACUCCGGUGCAGACCAAGCAGCCCCUGUCGAGGACUGGGACGACGAGCCUCGGGGAAGGAAGGGGUUCCGUGAAAGGUUCUUGAAGAAGGUCAUUCCAGGAAGAGACAAAGACAAGCAGAAGCAUGCCUCAACCGAGGCAGCACCUACAUCAGCAGCGGUGGCGCCUAUCGGUGAGCGUGCAGACAUCGAGCCAGCGAAGUCAUCUGAUCUUGAACAGCACACAGCCGCCCCGGGGGCGAAUGAGGCGUCGUCCACGCCACCUGCGAACCCUGACUUGGCCAUGCUUCAUGACACGGAACCUCUGCGCGAGAAGAUGCAAGAACCAUCCACGAUGUCAACUGAACCAGGGGACACACCCGCCACGGGGGCCACGACGCCGACAUUAGCACACACAGCGACGAAUGACGGUGAAGACGACUUCGAAGAAGCAAGGGACACCUUCGACGAAGGCGCACUGGCCGCUCGGCCGAAAAUCAUCGAUGUCUCCAAGGCACAACAGUUGAAGCCAGAACUAGUCGAUGUGACGAGCCCGACCAGUGGUGCGAAGAAGGGCAGUGCCAGUCCUGUGGGAAGUAGACACAGCGCCGGGGGUGGGAGCCGGUUUACCGAGGAAUUGUAA